AUGCGGAGCUUCGCCUAUCGCAGGGAUCAGCUCAGUUUGCUCAAGCAGCCCGGCCUGGACCAUAUCGUCUACGAAGGAAGCUCGGUGCUCUCUGAGAAUUACGUGCGAGUCUACCCCUGUUCAGAAUCAGACUCGAAGUCAGUUCAGAAGCUCGAUGGGCUCUGCGUAAUUUUCGCAUUCCGACGGAAACUUUUCUACCAGCUGUGCUCAACGUACAUUCCAGCGUUCCUCUUGGUCAUUGCUUCUUUCUGUCCGUUCUUCAUGAGCAUCAGGUCCACAGAUAGUCGGGUGAAUGUUUGCGUUACAGUUUUCCAGGCGAUGGUCGUUAUAUUCAUACAGACUCGUUUCUUCAUCCCUCCGGUCCCUUAUUUCACCAAAAUGGAUUUGUACAUGCUGACGUGCUUCUCUUGUGUGACACUCUCGACCCUAGAGACGGUCAUCGUACGCGUACUGCUCAGCAAAGAAGAUGGAAACCUCAUCAAGCUGAAGAUCCGCAAAUUCAAUAAACGAAGCAAGACUAAGCGAACCGUGAAAGCUGUUCAUCAAAGGAGCAAUCAACUCAUAUACGAGUUUCGCCGUGGCGACCAGGAACGUCGUGCACAGGAUGAGCCGAACAAGCAGCCUGCGAGCCUGAGACGAUUCUGGAGGUUAAGGAUCAGAUUCCCGCUGAAAGCGAGGACUUUCGACCGGAUAUCGGCGCGUGUAUUCUCUCUUUUCUUCUUAUCGUUCAAUUGUUAUUACUGGCUGGUUAUAGUCGCGGAAGAGUCAUGA